AUUUGACAAAAUUCUCACGACCUUUAUCUCCUCUUUUCUUCUGGUCCAGGACAAUGCGCUUUGUCUCACUUUUCUUUCAAAGGCCUUUUUCUAUGCGUUGCUGUUUGUUCCCGCAAUGAGGAAGUUUCAUUGUUUGCCAGAUAUAAUUUGUGGCUGAUGGCGAGGAACAAUGAAUGCAUGUUAUUGUCUCCAUUUUCUUUAUUUGCCGCCAAACUUAUAUUCGUGCCAAUGCUCAGUUUUCUGUGAAUUCUGAAUUUCUAAUACCUGCACAAUCAGCCUCAAUUACAGACACAUCAAUUGCGCGACAUAGUUGUCGAAAACCCCACUGUCCUCUUUCAGAGAUCCCAGAUGUAUUCUCAUCGCGCCCCUUUCUUACACCAGCACGAGAGGCCAAAGUUCCGGUAUGCGUACAUGAGAAAUGGAGAGGCAGCGAGAUUUACUGGUCAAGCACACAGAUGGCGUCGUCCUGAAGAUUUUGCACCAGCACAGCUUCGGAAAAUUGUAAAGCACAAGUAUCACAAAGAGCUAGCUACCUUUUCUCGUCCGUUGAAGAAGGUUCGAUUUGCUAAAAACUUCAAAGUUGAACACAGUUUCGAAAACUACCAGCUUGCCAUUGGCUGUCCCGCACCUGGCGCAUUCGUUGACUGGUCUGCUUGCGGCGAGGAGAAGGAGAAUGCGGUAUUGGUUCAGGUAUACCACAAUCUCGUCAAGGUGCUAAAGCGAUUUAAUCCAAGGAUACUGUUAGAAGACCAUUUCACUCAGAAAGCAACCUACUUCAGAUACGCCGGCGUUUCCAUGUUCGCUCUUCUCAUGUUCCUUGAAGGAAGCUUGGCACUCGUAGAAUGGUUUGUAUUGCUCUUGAGAGGGACAAAUGUCGUAUAUGUCUUGGUACCAGAUGUCAAAGGAUACUCUGUGGGUUCAAACUAGAGCGUUGCUCUUGUGCAUAUUAGGUCUAUUUUUAUUUUUGCCAGACAAAAUAAUUAAUAUUAUUCCGCAUAAAUAUAAUGAAAAAAUAUCACAGCAUCGAUAAUUUAAAUACAU